AUGCCCAAUUCAAAUACGACAACCGCGGAUAAUGUAGAGGCUGGUCAAUUUGACGAUGCACCAGGAGACGAGUCCGCGCCUGCUCCUGUGUCUGACCCUAGACAAGGACACACCUUCAUCGACGAUGAAAGAGUGCUAGAGUGGUCAUCGGGGAGCUCUGACGAAGAAGACAGCGAGCCAGAUGAAUUCGAGCAAGAGGAAGAUGCUCUAGAGGCCGAGGCGUUCCAGACCCUCCGCGCCGAGGACGAGGACUGGGAGGUUGCUGAAGGAGAUUUUACGAAACAGUAUAACCGCAUACGACAGCACGUCGCUGUCCGUACUGGCGCCGCACAAGGCGUUGCCUCCGCGCUCAACGCUAAGACUGCCGUAGCGACCCUUCCCGCCGUCAAUCGACCUCGCCCUUCGAAGCCUGCCCCUCAGACGGCGCAGGAGAAGCAGCGUUCGAAAGAUAAGACGGAGAAUCAGCUUCAGGCGCUGUCCAAAUACUCGUCACGGCUCCGGAACCUCGACAUACCCUACGAUCUGGGUGUGGGUGUGAACCGCAAAGGCCCGUCCGCUACGGCGAACAUGAAGGACAAGAGCGAUCGUGCGACGAGCGAACAGGUGCUCGACCCGCGGACACGGAUCAUCCUGUUCAAGAUGAUUGGAAGAGGACUCAUCUACGAGGUCAAUGGGUGUGUCAGCACCGGUAAAGAGGCGAACGUCUACCAUGCACUCACGCCCGACUCCAAGCACCUGGCUCUUAAGAUAUAUAAGACAUCCAUUCUCGUGUUUAAGGACCGUGAUCGCUAUGUUUCCGGAGAGUUCCGCUUUCGGAGAGGUUACAGCCGUCAUAAUCCUCGCAAGAUGGUUCGCGUCUGGGCGGAGAAGGAGAUGCGGAACUUGAAGCGUCUACGAGCUGCAGGAAUCCGGUGCCCCGAGCCUGUGGAGGUACGCGAGAAUGUCCUUGUCAUGACAUUCGUGGGGGAUAAAGACGGAUGGGCAUCACCACGUCUGAAGGAUGCAGACAUUCCGGAGACCGAAUAUCCCGACCUAUAUGUUGAGCUCAUGCUCAUGACUCGCAAGAUCUUCACCGAGUGCAAGCUCGUACAUGCCGAUCUCUCCGAGUACAACAUCCUUUACCACAUCGACGACACGGAGUCCCGCCCCACCCCUGCCGAGUCUUCUUCCGACGUCCCUGCAGACUCAUCGAACGAGGCCACUUCCUCCACUUCGGAAGAUCAGACAGCACCCCAUCCCCGCGGCCACCUCUGCAUCAUCGACGUCUCCCAAUCCGUCGAGCACGACCACCCUCACGCAUUCGACUUCCUCCGCUCAGACCUCCGCAACAUCGAAGACUUCUUCUCCAAGCGCGGCAUCCGCACCGUCGGCCUCCGUCGCGCCUUCGAUUUCGUCACUCGCGAGCGCCUCCCUUCGCCCGACGGCAACGACUGUUCAAACGAAGCCGUCCUGCGCGCAUGGAUGGACACCCCAGAGUCCGAGCACACAGGGGUAGACGGUCACGGGGAGGAAGGGGCAGGGGGACGACGGGUGGCGAACGACGACCAGGUCUUCAUGCGGUCGUAUAUCCCCCGGACGCUGAACGAGGUGUACGACCCAGAGCGCGACGUGGGUGUCCUGACCCGCGGGGAGGGCGAGAAGCUCAUCUACAAGGACACGAUUGGGAUUGUGGGCCUGGGUGAGAAGAGUGCGGCCGCUGCUCUAGAUUCCUCCCCUCCGGCCAAGCCCCGCCCGGAUGGCACGCUGAAGACGAAGAAGGCGGUCACGUUUGCGGACGAAGCUGUCGAGGGAGCCGGGGAAGAUUGCGGGGAAGGCGGGGGCGUAGGCGUAGACGAGGAUAGCGGGAGCGAAGACGAAGACGAAGACGAGCAGUCUGGGGAAGAGGAAGAGGACGCGGACGGCUUCAGGGAAAAGAAGCCGCGAGGCCACCGGCACGAGGACAAGGAAGUUAAGAAGGUACGUCCAUGA